AUUAGUCAAAGGGGUUUUAGUCAUAUAAAAAACGAUUGCAAUCAUUAGUUGAUUACAUAAUAUUCAAACAUUUAAAUCAAUUAUUAUUAUUAGACAACAUUUAAUCGAUACAUAUGAUCAUUUAGCAUUAAAAACAACAACAAAAGAAGAAAAUACAAUGGUACAAUAUUGUGCAUAGCAACAGUUAUGUAAUAUUUAACUAACUAUAACAAUGUUACCAUGUAUAUUCUAUAUUUUCAAUGGUCAGAUAAUAAAUUAAUACCAGGAAAACUUAUUUCCUAAAACAUAAAUGCAUUUAGAAUAUUUUACAAUUGAAUGGAUUCUAUCAAAUAUAAUCUGGUUUAUUAUUAUUCUUUUAAAUCAUUUACAAUUCUAUUAUCAUUAUUUUAUUUAUAUUCAAUUUAUUUCAUUUAUUAUUGCUAAUCAUUUAUUACAUAAUAAUCAUAAUCCAACUAUUCAAUCAAUUCAUGAUUCAAUUAUUAAUUUCAAUAAUAUAAAUUCUAAUCUAUUCACUAUUCCUUAUUAUAAUUUAACUUAUACUAUUACAGAAAAUCAACCAAUUAAUUAUUUUAUUGGACAAAUUAAUAUUGAUUUAUUAAAAACAAUUAAAAUCAAUAAAUCAUCAAAAUUAUUUCCUAUUUUAUAUAAUACAUCAAAUAAAAUCAAUAUAUUUUAUAAAUUACAAAAAUCAUCUGAUUAUAUUUCAAUAAAUGAAACAACAAGUGUCUUAGUAACAAAAAAUUUCAUUGAUUUAGAAACAUUAUGUCCAUAUUAUUGCCAUGGCAACAAAUAUUAUGCUGAAUUAAUGAUUAAUGUAAAUAUAUGGUGCUAUAAUAAUAAUAAUAAUAAUCAUAUAAUUAGUAUUAUUAAUAUUAAAUUAAUCAUUAUUGAUAUCGAUGAUAAUUCACCAAUAUUUCCAUUAAAUUUAAUAAGACCCUAUAAAAUUCAAUUAAAAGAAGUGAUUUAUGGGAUUGGAAAAUCCAUUGAAUUACCUAAAGCAAUCGAUAAAGAUAUUAAUCCAAUUUAUUCAGAAAUAGUAUAUCGUAUUGAUCCAUUAUUACCAAUUGAUCGAUUAUUGAUUUUUAAUACAUUUCAUUUAAUGAUUGAUCAUGAUUCACGUUUAUUACUUAUAAUAAAACAUGAUUUAGAUUAUGAAUUAAUAAAAGAAUAUAAAUUUUAUUUAAUUUGUUCAUCACCAAAUAUUCAAGGAUUAAAUUAUACAUUUAAAUCAACUAUAGAAGAUCGUUUAGAAAUUAUUAUAGAAGUAUUGAAUAUUAAUGAUAUAGAACCAAUGUUUUCACAAACAAUCUAUGAAAUAGAAGUAAUGGAAAAUAGUAAAGUGAAUACAGUUAUAUAUCAAUUAGUUGCUACUGAUAAAGAUAUCAAUUCUACUAUUACAUAUACCAUGGAAACUAAUAUUGAUUUGAAUAAUACAUCAAAAUUUUUAAUUCAAUCAAAUGGUCAAGUGAUAAUUAAAGAGCAAUUAGAUUAUGAACAAUGUAAUUUAUAUAAUUUAAUAGUACGUGCUAAUGAUGGUGAAUUUUAUGCAUUUACUCAAUUAUUAAUUAAAAUUAUAGAUGUCAAUGAUGAAUUACCAGAAUAUUUAUUAAAUCCAUUACAAUUAAUAAUCAAUGAAAAUCAACCAGCUAAAACAUUCAUUGGUCAUCUUCUUAUUAUUGAUCGGGAUAGUCCAAAAGUGAAUGGUCAAGUACAUUGUGAAGAACCAUCACAUUUAAUAAGAAAUCAACCUAUUCUAUUUGUACAAGAAUCACUUUAUUUAAAUGAACAAACAUUAUCACAAAAAGAAUUUCAUCAUCAUCAUCAUCAUCAUAAUAAUAAUAAUAAUAAUAACUAUUCUACAAUAUUCUCAACCUUGUCAUCAUCAUCGUCAUCCUCAUUAUCGUCUUCAUUAUCAUACUCAAAUACUGAAACUCAUGUUUAUCAACGUUUUACAUUAUAUAGUCAAAAUAUAUAUGAUCGUGAAAAUCUUACUGAUAAAUAUUUGGCUAUUUUAUAUUGUUGGGAUGGUAUUAUUAAUUCCUUUAGUAAUUCCCCUUUAUCAGGUGAAUAUGAUAAUAAACAUAUAUCAAUGAAUUCAAUGUCAUCAUCUAACAGUCUAACAGCUACAAUGACUAUUGUUUUACAUAUAUUAGAUGAAAAUGAUAAUGAACCAAUAUUUGAUAAACAAUUAUAUAAAGCUACACUUAAAGAAAACUCUCCUAUAAACACUAAAAUUAUUAAAAUGCAUGCUACAGAUAAGGAUGUAGGAGAAAAUGCACAAAUUUACUACAGUCUACAAAAGAAUGAGCUCAUUACACAUUACUUUAAAAUAGAUCCAAUAUCUGGUUGGAUUUUCAAUUCAGUUGAAAUAGAUCGUGAAGCACAGUCAAAAUUUAAAUUAACAAUUCUAGCUAUUGACGGUGGUUUUCAAACAUUAAAUAAUCCAUUAUAUUCAUUAUCAAACAAUAAUACAAUACAUCAUACAGCUACAACACAAUUACUUAUUCAUAUAUUAGAUGAAAAUGAUAAUGCACCUGAAUUUCAUGGUCCAAGACAAUUUGCAAUUGAAGAAAAUCAACCAGCAAAUACAUGGAUUGGUGAUCUACAAGUCAUUGAUAAAGAUGAAGGAUUAAAUGGUGAAAUAACAUUGAAAUUAUGGUUAAAUGAAAAUAUUGAUACUAAAUUAAGAAGUAAUACUACUGAAUUAGUUACUGAUCAUGAUGUACCAUUUCAUUUAUUAAAUAAUGGAAGUUUAUUCACACGAAAAUCAUUGGAUAGAGAGAAUCAAUCUCAUUAUUGUUUCGAAGUGAUUGCCUACGAUAAUGGUCAAGAUAAAACUUAUUCUACAAUAGAUACAAUUUGUAUACGUGUACUUGAUUUAAAUGACAACAAACCAUAUUUUAUUGAAAUUAUAGGAGAAUAUUAUGAUCUAAAUAAAACAUCUAUGAAUCAAUCACUGACUACAAUCAAUUCAACCUCUAAGAAUCUUAAUAUGACUGAAUUAAUAAACAUGUCACAGAUCAUCUCUUCAAUACAUCUAUCUAUUAAUGAAAAACCAGGUUAUUGUAUAUGUAUUAUUAAAGCAUUUGAUAUAGAUGAAGGUAAUAAUGCCUUAAUACAUUAUAAUAUAAAACAAUACUAUUUAAAUAGAACUAUUAAAACAAUGAAAGAUAUUACUAUAUUUGAUGCAUUGAAAUUGGAUACAACAAAUGGACGUUUAAUAUUAACUAAAAAUUUAUAUCAAUAUGAUAUUGGUAUUUAUCAAUUCAUAGUGAUUGUUAAAGAUCAUGGAAACCCUGUACAAAAAUCUGAAAAAAUCAUUCAAUUAAUUAUUGAAGAUACACCAGCUCGUGGAAAUUGGUUACUUCCAGAAAUGAUUCAACAACACAAUACAUCUUUUAGUAAUUUUAAUUAUACCCUAUUAGAAGCGCAUAAAAUUUUCAUAGUUAUAUUAUUAUCUGGUAUAUCAACAUUUAUAGCUGCUUUAUUAAUUAGUAUUAUUCUAUGUUUGAUCAAACCAUGUCGAAACAUCCAAAUGAAUUGUUCAACUAAAUGGCAUUAUAAUAGUAUAUGUAAUAAUAAUAAUAAUAAUAAUAAUAAUAAUAAUAAUAAUAAUAAUAAUAAUAAUAAUAAUAAUAAUAAUAAUGUUACUAAUCUUUAUACAAAAGAAUUUAAUGAAACACUCUUCAAUCAUAACCAUAACAAGAGAAGAAUUGAUCACAUAGAAACAAUGAACAAUAUUUACAAGUUUAGUUUAUAUAAUCAACAAUGUGAAAACCAACCACAGCAACAACAACAACAACAACAACAAUCUGAUCACUUGAAUAGUUAUACAUCAGGAGGAAAUGUUGAUAGUUCAUUUGAUAAUAUUUCAUUGUAUACUAAUUAUCAGAAUCAAGAUCCACAUCAAGAUCCUAAUCAUGAUCAUGAUCAAGAUCAUGAUAAGAAGUUAUUUAUGACUAAUGAUUGUUCAAGAAUAGAUUAUAUAAAAAAUUAUUUUAUACCAUAUUAUAAUUUAAUUGAAACAGAUACAUAUUGUAAUCAUAUGAAUAUUAGUAAUCAAACUACAUGUACAAUGAAUGUAAAUGCUAAUGAACAAGAAUUAAAUAGGAAUGAUGAAAUUCAACCAGUAUUUAUUGAAAGUGUUUUAACACCUUUGAAUAUAAUUAAAAAUACAUUUCAACAACCUGAAUGGAAUUCACUCAUUUUAGAAUUACCACAAAAUGACUGUCAACAAAUAUUGUUAAAUACAUCCAUGGAUGACAAACAAUUGAAAUGUUCUUUACAUUUACCACAACAAUUAAAUUGUAAUACUCAACUAUACGAUUCAUCUAUAAUGUCGAUUCCAUCAGUUUCAUUAGCAUCUUUGAAUAAUUCUACGAUGAAACCUGAUCUUAUUUUACUUCAAUGUACAAAUACCCUACCUAUUUCUUCAACUUAUUAUAUACAAAAUGAUAGAUCUGUUUCAUUAAAUCCCACUUCUAUGUCCAAUACAGCUGUACUAUUGGAUCUUAAUACAACCAGUUUAAGGAAUCCUAAGUCAGUGAAUAAAAGGAACAUAGAUUGUAGUGUACAAAAUAUUAUUACUCCAAUUGCUAGUGAAGAACAACGUUCAGAUAGUGGUCGAGGAGCAAGUGAUGAAGAAAAUUCCAAUCGAAUUCAUUUAAAUAAUAAAGAUUCGAUUUUGCCAUCAUUAAUCCAUUCAACUGAACAUAAUAAAACUAAUCAAGUAUCUGUACAUUCAACAAAAUGUUUAGAGGAUUUUCUAGUCCAAUGAAAUCAUAAGCUGCUUUGUUCUACUCAAUAUUGGGCAUUUUACCGACAGUCCAUUAUACAAAACUCUCUUCAAGAAGAAUAUAUUUAUUCAAAUCAUCUUUAAAAAUGACAUAAAACCUUGAAAUCAUUUUAUUGAGAGAAUAACCUUAUAAUUAAUCAUAUCGAAUGUUUCAAUCUGUGUUUCCAAAGGUAACUGUUAAAAUAAAUAUUUAGAAGUCAC